AUGUCGAGCCAAGUUGUUGACCAGAUAUUCGACACCGGCUUCUACUGGUUCAAAAAGGCCGAAAAGCUGAAUAAUCGCCUAGUGGAGAAGGUUAUUGACCUUGGUACGACUACCCCGGACAGCAAAGUCAUUCCCUUUAAUGAAGGAUCAUCGCACUCCAGCAUUUUACAGGGACUUUGGGGCCGUCCAAUUGGAAAAGUGGCGUCUUUGCUAGGUUUGAGCGCGGCAGCCAUAUUACUGUGGAAAUAUGCCGAUAACUUUGUUCCCCGGCCAGCAGAACAUCUCAAACAGGACGAUAAAAAAUGUGUGUUAGUUUUUGGCCACAUGCGGGAUCCCAUAACACGCCAAAUUGUCAUGGACUUGUAUCGACGCGGGUUCGUCAUCUUCGUCUGCUCAGAACAAGGCGACUCUAACAAUGACGACCAGGGCCUGUUCCACGUCACACCGAACGAGCUCCGUAAGGUGAUUGACUACCUGCAUGAGACCUCCACCUUUUUUUCCUCGAUUCUGGUUGUACCUAACUCUGCUUACAAUCCGUCAGGGGCCUUUAGCACCCUGUCUUCAAGCGUCGUACAAUCGGAACUUGAGCAGAAUGUGUUUGUCCAUAUGAGAGGUUUAGCAAAGUUUUUGCCGCAAUUGAAUCACUCCCCACAAAUUAUUCUCUUGACCCCAUCAAUACCUUUGAACUAUCAGAUACCACUCCACUCCCCAGAGGUAUUUAUAGCAGGGUUGAUGGACUCGUUCUACAAAGCGCUUACGUUCGAAUAUCCGAAAUCGAGAGUCUACUUAUGCCAUUUAGGCGUACUCAAAAUUGCGGGCAGUACCAGUAACUAUAAACAUAUGCUCGCGAGCGGAUCAAACGUUGCGAAAUCGUUAUUAGGCCCGCUUUACGAGCUUGUAAUUUCACAAUCAAGCUCAUGGUUCGGAUUCUGGGAAAGAGUUUGGGGAACGCAGAGAUUUUAUGGAAAGUGGAGCAGAUUAGGUUACUAUUUCGGUAACUUGAUUCCCCUCUCUUUUCUCAAAUACCUUUAG